AUGACCUCUAUAUCGUUCGGCAACGCAAAUUCGGGGUUCCAGGUGGGGAUCAAUCAGGGGCCGAUAUAUUUUUCGGACCGCCAGGAACUGCGCCCACAGCCUCUGUCGACCGUCCCGUUUCCUCACGACCCAGACUUUGUCAGUCGCGAUGCACUCCUUGACCAAAUCCACGAAAAAGCUGCGAUCCUGGGAUCCAGAAUAGUUCUAGUUGGUCUCGGUGGCGUGGGAAAAACACGACUUGCCAUCGAAUACUGCCACCGAGUUCAACAGCAAUCGACCAACACCUGGGUCUUCUGGGUCCAUGCGAGUAACGCGGCCCGCUGCGAGGAAAGUCUGCGCGACCUUGCCGACCGAGCCAAGAUUCCCGGGCGCCAGGACCACAACGCUAAUAUAUUCCAACUCGUCGGGAACUGGCUGCAAAACGAAAAUAUCGGGAAAUGGAUCCUCGUCCUGGAUAAUCUAGAUAAUGACGAGCUACUUCGUAACCCUCUACCGACUGGUACGGGGACUCAAGCAAACGCCCAGGGCUGUGCCUUUACACAACCGCCACUACGGUACCUUCUCAAAAGCUUGAAUGGCUCCAUCAUCAUAACAAGUCGGAACAAAGGAGUAGCGUUAGACAUCGCUGGCCAUAAGAAGAAUCUUAUCAAUGUCCAACCAAUGAACAUGGAAGAAGCGCUAGUUCUACUUAGGAACAAACUAGGUAUACAGACGGAGAGUGCGGAUAUGAUACAGCUAGUAGAGGAACUUGAGUUCAUGCCACUCGCGAUCGUCCAAGCUUCUAGCUACGUUAUCCAUCGUUCACCCCGUUUCUCAAUCUCACAAUACCUAGAAAAAAUUCGGAAGAGUGAUCGUGAAGCGAUCAAGCUUCUUAAUUACGAGACAGGUCGCCUAGAUCGAGACUGGGAGGCAAAGAACUCUAUUAUACUCACGUGGCAAAUAUCUUUCGACCAUAUCCGACAAAUAAGACAGUCUGCGGCAGACUUACUCUCUCUGAUGAGCUUUUUCGACCGACAGGGAAUCCCCGAGACGCUUCUGCGAGCUUUCAAAAUGGAAAGAAUCAAUAAUGCUUUGACUUCUUCAGCAGGGCUUGCGAACGGCUCCAGUGAGGGGGAUACGGAUAGCUCGUCUGAAUCCGACCUCGAUCAUGAUUUUGAGGACGAUAUCGCAACUCUCAGAGACUAUUCAUUGAUUUCUAUUAAUGAAGAUAGCACUAUAUUCAAUAUGCAUCGGCUAGUGCAACUAACUGCACGCGGAUGGCUCGCCACUCAAGGGCAAAUGGAGCGCUGGAAGGAACAUUUCAUUAGCAUGCUAUGCCAAGAGUUUCCUAGUGGUGAAUAUAAAAACUGGGAAAGGUGUCAAUCGCUUUUUCCACAUGUUAAAUCGGCUCUGUCGCAACGACCAGAAUCCCAAGAGUCCCUUCGAAAAUGGGCUACACUGCUUUAUAACGGCGCAUGGUAUGCGACCGAAAGCGGGAAUAUUGCAGACGCAAGGGAAAUGGCAUUAAAUUCAAGGAAACAGAGGGUGAAAAUAAAGGGUGAAGAAGAUGAAGAAUCUCUAAGCAGCACCGAGAUGUUAGCGAUGGCAUACUUGCACGAAGGGCGGUGGGAGGAGGCUGAGAAACUCCAAGUGCGGGUGAUGGAAACUGUAAAGGUGAAGCUCGGCGAGGAUCACCCUGACACGUUAGAGAGCAUGAACAACCUGGCGUCAAUAUUUCAUUUCCAGAGCCGGUGGGAGGAGGCCGAGAAGCUCUUUGUGCAGGUGGUAAAGACUCUCAAGGCGAAACUAGGGGAGGACCAUCCCUCUACACUCACCAGCAUGGAUAACCUGGCAUCCACAUAUAGGAGCCAGGGCCGGUGGGGGGAGGCCGAGGAGCUUGGGGUGCAGGUGGUGAAAGCGAAUCAGGCGAAGCUCGGGGAGGACCAUCCCUCUACGUUGACAAGCAUGGACAACCUAGCGUCGACAUAUUGCAACCAGGGCCGAUUGGAGGAUACGGAGAAGCUCUUUGUGCAGGUGAUGGAAACUCGCAAGAUAAAGCUCGGCCAGGACCAUCCUGACACACUAAUGAGCAUAGGCAAUCUGGCGUCAACAUUUUAUUGCCAGUGCCGGUGGGAGGACGCCGAGAAGCUCUUUGUGCAGGUGGUAACGACUCUCAAGGCGAAACUAGGCGAGGACCAUCCCACUACGCUGACGAACUUGGAUAACCUGGCAUCCACAUAUAGGAACCAGGGCCGGUGGGGGGAGGCCGAGCAGCUCGAGAUGCAGGUGACAGAGGCUUUCAAGACGAAGCUCGGCCAGGACCAUCCAGACACAGUGAUGAGCAUGGUCAAUCUUGCUCUUACUUGGAAAGCUUCCGGCAAAACUGCGGACGCCAAAAAUUUGCUAAAAGAUUGCCUAGCCAUACAGAAACGCACCAUUGGACUUAAUCAUCCUCAUACUGUGUCAAAUUCCGAAACGUUGCUGAGAUGGGAAGCCGAAGUGCUGAAUAUUGAUGCAUAA